GUAAUCCUGGUUCGCGGCUCCAGCCGUAAAAGGUUUUAUUGUGUUCUGUAAAUUUAGCAAUCGCCACGCACGAUGGCUCCAACCGUGCAGAACGGUGCGAACGGUGCGGACAAACGACCGGUUCGCCAACAGGAACGCAGGUCGGAGCUGAUUUGCCGUGUGAAGUACUGCAACACGCUUCCCGACAUUCCAUUCGAUUUGAAGUUUAUCACGUACCCGUUCGAGAAUGAUCGGUUCAUCCAGUACAAACCGACAUCGCUGGAGCGCAACUAUCGGUACGAGGUGCUCACCGAGCACGAUCUGGGCGUUACGAUCGAUCUGAUCAACCGCGACCUGUACCAGAUCGAUCACACUGCACAGCUGGAUCCGGCCGAUGAGAAGCUCCUCGAAGAGGACAUACACACUCCGCAGGACUCGAUGCGCAGCAGUCGUCAUGCGAAGAGCGUGUCGUGGUUACGCAAAUCGGAGUACAUCUCCACCGAGCAGACGCGUUUCAAUCCGCAAACGAUGGAGAAGGUUGAGGCGAAGGUCGGUUUCAAUGUAAAGAAGAGUUUGCGCGAAGAAACACUCUACAUGGACCGGGAGGCUCAGAUCAAGGCAAUUGAGAAGACGUUCGACGACAACACGAAGCCGAUCACGACUCACUACAGCAAACCGGGUGUCACACCGGUGGAGGUGUUGCCCAUGUUCCCGGACUUUGCCAACUGGAAGUAUCCUUGUGCGCAGGUCAUCUUUGACUCGGAUCCGGCGCCGAGUGGCAAGAACGUGCCAGCGCAGAUCGAGGAGAUGUCACAGGCCAUGAUUCGCGGUGUGAUGGACGAGAGCGGCGAACAGUUCGUGGCAUACUUCCUGCCGACGGAGGACACACUCGAGAAGCGUCGCCGGGAUCUGGUGAACGAAAUGCUGUACGAAGACGAAGAGGAGUACGAGUACAAGAUGGCGCGCGAGUACAACUGGAACGUGAAGAGCAAGGCAUCGAAGGGAUACGAAGAGAACUACUAUCUUGUGCUGCGCCAGGAUGGCAUCUUCUACAACGAGCUGGAGACCAGGGUACGGUUGAGCAAACGCCGCCAGAAAAAUGCACAACAGCAGAGCAACACGAAGCUGGUGGUCAAGCAUCGGCCGCUCAACGUUAACGAGCACCGAGUGCAGCGGUAUCGCGAACGUCAACUGGAACCUCCGGGCGAAGAGGACGACGAGGACAUCGAGGAAGAAGAGGAAGAGGAGCCCGAAGAGGCUGACGAGACGCAAGCAAGCCAACCCAACCCAGAGAGCAGCAAGCCAGACGACGGCAGCGGCAAGGACAAGAACGCCGGAAGGGCAAGCCGCUCCAGAAGUCGCUCUCGCUCGGGAUCACAAGGAUCCGAACGAUCGCGCUCUUCUCGGUCGCGAUCAAGAUCGGGCACAAGGUCGCAAUCGCGAUCGAUUUCGCGAAGCCGCAGCCGCUCAAAGUCGGCCAGUCGUAGCAGAAGCCGAUCGGGCUCGGGAAGCCGCAGUCGCAGCCAAUCGAGAAGCCGUACGCCAUCGGCAAGUCGGAGCCGAAGCCGUUCUCGCUCUCGUGGUUCUGGUUCCAGGCGAGGUUCUGCCUCCCGUUCACGUUCGCGCUCCGGUUCUGGCUCUCGCUCCGGUACACCAAGUGGUUCCGCCAGUGGUUCAGGCAGUGAGUCAGAAUAGUGCCAAUGCGCGGAACAUGCAAUUUUUGUUUCGAUCAACUCCGGAGAAUAUUACUUCUGUAGCAAUAAUAUGAUAUGCAUUAUUGG